AUGGUGUUGAUGCGUGGAGGGUUAAGCAAUCGAAAUGUUCCUCACCAAGGCUUGACGGACACUCCUCCUGUUCUACGGGGCCAAGAAGCGAACGCUGAAGAAGGUGAUCAGCAUGUGGCAGAUCAAACUAUGAAUAAGGAACACGCAUCUGAAAAUAUUGUGGCACAAGCACCAGAGUCUAACCACACUGAUGCAGCAACAAUAUUGCCUGACAGUCAGACGGCUGAGACACCAAAUUCAAACACCAAGAAAAAAAGAAAAAGAGGACCAACCAGAAUGCGUAAAGUGGCCAAAGAUCCUGAAGACAGAGUGAAAGUGUUAUUCAGUCAGUUUUAUAUAAUCGGUGGGAUAAAGUGGAUACUCAAACGAAGGAUACACUAUGGGAGGAUAUACAUGCGAGGUUUGAUUUGCAACAUCAAUGGCAAAAAGAUGCGGUUUUCAGACAAAUGGGUUGUUUGUGGAGGUCUGGGAAGUCUAGACUUGUAG